AUGACUGAAACAGAGAACGAGCCAGGAAGAUCCAUGCAUGGAGUUUCAGCAAAAGAACAAGCAUUUGCUUUCUCAGUCACUUCCCCCACAAUCCCAACAGACCCUACUGCAAAAUUUGCUCUCCCUGUCGAUUCUGAGCACAAAGCCAAAGUCUUCAACCUUCUGUCAUUUGCCAAACCCCACAUGGUCACAUUCCAUCUCUCCUGGCUCUCUUUCUUCACUUGCUUCAUCUCCACUUUUGCAGCAGCUCCUCUUGUUCCUAUCAUCCGAGACAACCUAAACCUCACAAAAAGCGACAUAAGCAAUGCUGGCAUAGCUUCUGUGUCUGGCAGCAUCUUUUCUAGGCUUGUAAUGGGUGCAGUAUGUGACCUAUUAGGCCCGCGUUAUGGUUGUGCUUUCCUUAUCAUGUUGUCAGCCCCAACUGUGUUUUGCAUGUCAUUUGUUUCGUCUGCUGGAGGGUACGUAGCUGUAAGAUUCAUGAUCGGUUUCUCCCUUGCAACAUUUGUGUUUUGCCAAUAUUGGAUGAGCACUAUGUUUAAUGGAAAAAUCAUUGGACUUGUCAAUGGGACUGCAGCUGGAUGGGGAAACAUGGGGGGUGGUGCUACUCAGCUUCUUAUGCCACUCAUUUUUGAGUUAAUCAAGCAAGCUGGUGCAACUCCAUUUACUGCUUGGAGAAUUGCAUUUUUUAUACCAGGAUGGUUGCAUGUGAUUAUGGGAAUAUUGGUCUUGACCUUAGGCCAAGAUUUGCCUGAUGGGAACCUUGGUACGUUGCAGAAGAAAGGAGAUGUUCCAAAGGACAAGUUCUCCAAGGUGAUAUGGUAUGCCAUCACAAAUUACAGAACAUGGAUCUUUGUUCUUCUCUAUGGAAUGUCUUUAGGUGUAGAAUUAACAACAGAUAAUGUCAUUGCUGAAUAUUUCUUUGACAGGUUCAAUCUCAAGCUCCAUACAGCCGGCACCAUAGCUGCCACCUUUGGUAUGGCAAACAUUUUCGCUCGUCCCAUGGGAGGUUUCUUGUCUGAUAUAGCUGCACGUCGAUUCGGAAUGCGUGGCCGUCUUUGGAACUUGUACAUCUUGCAAACACUAGGAGGCAUAUUUUGCAUCUGCCUUGGCCGAGCAAACUACCUUUCCCUCUCCAUCUUCUCCAUGAUCCUCUUCUCCAUUGGUGCACAAGCAGCUUGUGGCGCUACUUUUGGGAUUAUUCCAUUCAUUUCUUGUCGAUCGCUUGGUGUCAUCUCAGGCCUAACUGGUGCUGGUGGCAACUUCGGGUCCGGUUUAACUCAAUUGUUGUUCUUUACAAGCUCAAAGUACUCGACCGCAACUGGGAUUUUCCAUAUGGGGAUCAUGAUUGUGGCAUGUACUUUGCCUGUAACACUCGUGCAUUUCCCUCAAUGGGGGAGCAUGUUCUUCCCUGCUUCAAAGCAUGGCGAGAAAUGCAGUGAAGAGCACUAUUAUGGAUCAGAGUGGAAUGAAGAGGAAAAAGAGAAAGGGUUGCACCAUGGAAGCCUCAAGUUUGCUGAGAAUAGUAGGUCUGAGAGGGGCCGACGGAUUAGUUCUGCACCAAAACCUCCAACUUCAACUCCGAGAGAUGUGUAG